AUGUUGCCAUUCCUCUUGGUGCUGGCUACGACCUGCGUGACUACCUUGGCUGCCACACCGUCAUCAUGGAGUCCGGACGUUCAACAGCUUUUCGGCGACUCGAUGAAAUGGCUAGACAUGAAUUACGACAGCAACGAGGGAUAUCUCUAUGAUCUCAAUACUCAGGAGGCUCUGCGCCACGAAACUCGCAGCUCCGCCUGGUACGCUCUUGGUCUGUUGGCGAGGAACGAGAACAAUGACGUCGCGGAAGCCGAGAAAAUUAUUGGGAAUGUCAUUAGGGGCCAAUUCAAAAACACAACACAGCAAUGGUAUGGAACGUACCAAAAGUAUCCAGAGGAGCCUGAGGUCGGCUCGCCGCUCUACUCGGCCAAAAUCUACAACUCAUGGGACCCAAAUUGGCGCGGAUUUGUUGGAACAACCUUUAUCAUCAUUCUGGAGGAGUACUCCGAGCUUCUUUCUGCGGACACUCAGAAGCUCAUCCUAGAUUCGCUCGUUCACACAGCGAUAGGGGACUCGUACAGAAACGGGGGACAAAAUGGCGAUAAUCUCUACCCGUCAUAUAGCAAUCCGGCUAUCAUGAGGGCGUUCGUGUCAGGAUGGGUUGGUCGCAAAACAAAUGAUCAGAACAUGACCUCUGCAGGUGAAGCGUACGCCAACGAGAUCAUCGCGCUCUUUAACAAGACGAACACAUUGUCCGAGUUCAAUAGCGCCACAUACACGGGAGUCUCGGUGUUUGGCCUUACUCUCUGGAGCACGUAUCUUCCAGAAGACUCUGCCAUGUCACGGAUGGGACCUGUGAUGCUCCAGAAAACAUGGGAUUCACUCAGUCAGCUUUGGCACCCGACUAUGAAGAACUUGGCUGGGCCAUGGGAUCGUACCUAUGGAUACGACAUGAAUCGAUACGUUAGCAUCAUGGCCCUAUGGUUUUGGGCAUAUCUGGGAAAGAAUGCAUCCUCUCUCAUCAGCCAGCCCCAUCUAAUGAGCCACUCACCUGAUUAUGCUUGGGGACCGCUUGUUGCAGUGCUGGCAGACACACAAGCCAAGCACUUGCCAGAUAACUUCUUUGACCAGUUCAAGAAGUUCGAUAAAGAGCGCACAUUCACCGCUCAAGCUUAUUACCCACCCUAUGAUCUCGAUACAAGGAACAUCACAACCUGGAUGUCUGAAAAAUUGACCAUCGGAGGCAUGUCCUUCAACCAAACCGGGGUUGGCGGCCCAGCUGGCACCACCAAUCCUGUGGUAGUGCAGUGGAUAACCGACGAUGAAGUAGCCUUCCUAACUCUACGCCCUUCGGAGAAAGCCCUACAGACUGAAGUGUCGCCAGGGAAGGUGGUGCUUUCUUACCCCAGCGGAAAUGCUGACAGCAAAUUCCAAAUUAUUGCGACUACCUUCAAGGGGAGAAAAACGUUGGCUGGCAUCAAACACAUGCAAGGGAUUUCAAUGACGCCUUCUGGAAACAUCAACAUGGCGUAUGUUACAAAGUUUGCAGGUGCCAAUGGUGGCGAAUUAAGCCCAUCCAAUACUUUUGAAUAUUGGAGUUUUACAUGGUCUAUGCCCGCGGGCUUCACCGGAGUACCUCAGCUGAUUCUUGAAUUUGAGGUUUUAUAA